AUGAAAUUCUCUCUCGCUACAGGCCUCUUGGGCCUGUCCUCCUUGCAUAUGGCGAGCGCCAAAUAUGUGUUUUACGUGUCGCAAUACUACCUCACCACGUUCCCGAACGCAACGGUGGCCGCCGGGGUUGACACGGUCAUCAUGACCUUCGCCAACUCGUCAUACUUCGUCUCUCCUCCGCAGAACUACACCCCGUUCGAGCCCGUGGAAACGAUGAGAGCCCGCUUCGACCCCGGCGUGAAGAUCUUGGUUGCCAUCGGUGGAUGGGGUGACACCGAGGGAUUCCGUAAGGGUGCUGCCACGGAGGAGUCUCGCAAGGACUACGCGAAGAACUUGGUCGACAUGGUCAACACGCUCGGCUUCGACGGCAUCGACAUCGACUGGGAGUACCCCGGCGGCAACGGAUACGAUUACAAGCAGGUUCCCAACUCCGACCUCACCUCCGAGAUCGAGACCUACCCUCUGCUCCUCAAGGAGAUCAAGUGUGCGCUCGCGGGCAAGGAACUCUCCAUCGCCGUCCCCGGUCUCGAGCGCGACAUGAUCGCCUACACGCCCGAGUCCUCCCCCGCCAUCUGGGAGGCGGUCGACUACGUCAACCUCAUGACCUACGACCUGAUGAACCGCCGCGACAACGUCACCAAGCACCACGCGGACGUCGUGGGCUCGCUCGCCGCCGUCGACUACUACAUCGGCACGCUCGGCCUCCCCCCCGCGAAGGCCGUCCUCGGCGUCCCCUUCUACGCCAAGUGGGCCUCCGUCGACAAGGAGGCCGGCUGCGACGGCGGCCUCGGCUGCCGCACCGUCCUCCUGGAAGACGCCGCCGGCCAGGACACCGGCGAGAGCGGCACCGUCACCUUCGAGACGUCGAGCUACGCGCCCCCCGCCGACGGCACCAACCUGCCCGAGUCCCCCGACGGCUCCUGCGGCGCCACCGCCGGCUACCGCUGCACGAGCGGCAACUGCUGCAGCCAGUUCGGCUUCUGCGGCGACUCGGCCGACUUCUGCGGCUCCAACUGCCUCAAGACCUUCGGCCUGUGCGACACCGACCAGCCCACCGUGGCGGAGCUCUUCCAGACCGCCAUGGCCAACGGUGUGCUCGACGAGGAGGCCGGCGGCAUGUACUACUACGACGAGACCAACAGCGUCUUCUGGACCUGGGACGACGCCGCCAUGAUCGCCCGCAAGUUCGAGCAGAUCAUCAAGGCGCGCGGACUCGCCGGCGUCAUGGCCUGGAGUCUGACCCAGGACAGCUACGACUGGAGCCGCAUCCUGGCGCUCCAGGCUGGCAUGAAGAGCCUGACCGCCACCGCGUAG